UUGAAGUUCUAAGCAUGUACUUUCUAAUCAGCUGAUCUUAAGAAAAGAAAAAUGAGUCUAGCUCAGUCUUGUUGGAGGUAGGAGUUUUUUCUUAUUAUUAAGAAGACAGAAGAUAUAUUUGAAACAUCAUGUUGCAGCAAAUUUUGCGGGACAUGUACAUUGACCCGGAUCUUUUGGCUGAACUGAAUGAGGAACAGAAACAGAUUCUCUUCUACAAGAUGAGGGAAGAGCAAAUCAGGCGUUGGACCCAAUGGGAUGCAAAUCUAAAUAAAGAGGAGUCCAAGAUGAGAAUUAAAGCCAAGUUCCAGCACAAUAACUCCAAGCACAUUCAAUGGCUCAGUGAUUCUGAUGGAGAUGUGUGGGUGUGGAUUAUGGGAGAAGGCAAAGGUGAUAAGAGCUAUGAGCAAAUAUCCGAGGAACUCAUGGCAGAAAAAGCAAGGCAACAAGCGCAGAAGGAGGCUGAGGAACAAUGGAAGCAGAAAGAAGCAGAAAUUGAAAAGAAGUUCCGUGAUGUUAUGGCGAAAGAAAAAGCCAGGAUAGUGGCUGAGAAAUGGAAGGAGGAAAUUGAAGACCGUAAAGCUGCAAAAUUAAUGGAAAAAAAGUUUCAAGAAGAAUUAAAGAAAAUAGAAGAAGAGGAGAGGAGGAGGGGUGAAGAGCAAAUUCGCCAGCGUGAAGAGAUACGAGCAAAGGAGCUGUACCUCAGCCUUAAAAUAGCUCAGCAACAUAGCCAACCCAACGAGAACGAAGACGUAGAAUGGCAAAAACAAUUGUGCAAAUCAAAGGCUGCAGACGAAGAGAGAAAGUGCAAGGCACGCCGUGCGCGAGCUGAAUAUCACCGUUUAUCACUUAGGGCCAUUCAGAAGGGAAAGGUGGCUGGACUGAGUAACUUGUUUCAGAUCAGCAGUCUAAACAUCAGAAAUGAAAGCAGCCAGGAAAACACCAAGAUAUCUCCAAAUGUCAAAAGCAAGGUGCCAAUUGUAAAAUUAUGGGAGCGUCCUCCUCGACCAACUUCAAAAGAUGUAAUUGUCCGGUGGUUUAAAGAAGAACAGAUUCCACGAAGGGCUGGUCUGGAGAAGACCACAGGAAUGGUUGCACCUUGGUUCCAUGGAAUUAUAAGCCGUGAGGCUGCAGAAGAGUUGCUCAUGAACAAGCCUGAGGGUUCCUUCCUGGUGAGGGUUAGCGAGAAGAUCUGGGGGUACGCCCUCUCUUACCGUCAGCAGACAGGAUUUAAGCAUUUUCUGGUAGAUGCAUCAGGAGACUUUUACAGCUUUCUUGGGGUAGACCCCAAUAAACAUGCAACACUUACAGACCUCAUUGACUUUCAUAAGGAAGAGGUUAUUACAAGCUCUGGUGCAGAACUGUUAGUGGAACCAUGCGGACAAGUUAUAAAUCCACCUGAUUACAUCAUAUUAUUUUGAUGACUUUCUCAAGAUCUGCUACUGAACUGAAACAUCCAAAAUGUAGGAGUCAAUGGCCAGAGCUCUGUGUGGAUUUAAACAUCAAAA